AUGGCUAGCCUCAAAAUAGUUUCUUACAAUGUGAAGGGAUUUAAUUCACCUUCCAAGAGAUGCCAGAUCCUUUUACAUUUGAAGAAAAUGGAUUGCUCUGUUCUUCUCAUACAAGAGACCCAUUUUAAAUUCAACCAUUAUCCAAACCUUUCAUACUCUAGGUUUCCUACCUGGUUCCAUUGUGGAUCUGACUCCUCAGCCUCCAGGGGUGUAAGCAUGGGUUUCAGUAGGGAUUUACCCUUCCAAUACUGUCACCAUAUCCAAGACAGUGAAGGCAGAUAUAUCCUAGUCAAAGGCAAAAUAGCCAACCAAACAUAUACAUUCAUUAAUAUCUACGCCCCUAAUGUAAGUCAGAUUGGAUGGUUCAAAUCUCUCUUUCCAAUAAUAGAAUCCUUCAGGGAAGGUGUGGUUGUCCUGGGAGGAGAUUUCAAUGUUACAUUAGAACCCCAAUUGGAUUCAACCUCCCAAAGAUCUGCCCUAUCCCAGAAAGCUCUCAAAAUCAUUUACAGAAAUCUCCAAAAUGCCCACUUGGUGGAUGCAUGGAGAAUCCUUAAUCCCUCCAACCGUGACUACACCUUCUUCUCCAAUGUACAUGGCUCCUAUCAAAGAUUAGACUAUCUGUUCAUCUCAAAAGAACACUUACAACUGUGCCAAGAAACCCAAAUAGGAUCUAUUCAUCUAUCGGACCACUCACCAGUGUUCCUGAAAAUCUCUACUCCCCAACGAGAUCCCCGUGCUUUUAAGUGGCGGCUCAAUGAACAACUAUUAUCCACUCAAACUCAGAGGGAGCUGGUGCAAAAACUUCUGGAUGAAUAUUUCCUAUUAAAUUCCCUCCCAGAAACCUCCCCCCAUGUAGUUUGGGAUGCCCACAAAGCUUAUAUAAGAGGCCAAUUCAUCAGCAUCGGAGCUAGACUCAAAAAAGAGAGGGCAGCCCAGAUCGAUGCUUUGUUAGAAGAGAUACACAAACUAGAACUUCUUCAUAAACACUCAUUAGUUACCUCCCACUUAACGAAAUUGACAGAUCUUAGGUCAGAACUUAAGAACCUUCUGAACAAGGCCUCUGCAAAAUACUACCUACAUUCCCAGUACAAAUAUUUUGCACAUGGAGACAAAGCGUCCAAAUUUAUGAUGAGCCGAAUCAAACAUAAGAAAGCCCAAAACUACAUCUGUAAAAUUAGUAAACCAGGAGGUGAUAUAGCAGUCACAACAAAAGAAAUAGCCCAGCAAUUCCAUAAUUAUUAUCUCGAUCUAUAUAACAUCUCACAACAUGACCCGAAGAAAGAUCCUACUUCAUCCCAGAGCCCUAUUGAUACCUUUCUUGAGUCCUUAACACUCCCCAAAGUAGAAAAUACUCAGAGGGAAUCUCUGCAAUCUCCUUUUACUAGAGAGGAACUCUUAGCUGCUAUAAAAAACCUUCCCAAUGGGAAAGCCCCGGGACCUGAUGGCCUACCGGCUCUUUACUACCGCUCUUUCAGUAAUUCUCUUCUUCCUCAUCUUCUGGCCAUUUGUAACCAAUCAUUGCAAGGAUCCCCUCUAUCAUCCGACAUGACCAAAGCACAUAUAACAAUCAUUCCAAAAGAAGGGAAGGAUCCAGGUCAAUGUGCAAACUACCACCCAAUAUCAUUACUAAAUUUAGACCUUAAGCUGCUGGCUAAAAUGUUAGCCACUCGUCUAUCCAUAUUCCUGCCCUCCCUGAUACAUAGGGACCAGACAGGAUUUAUUAAAGGAAGAGAGGGUCACGAUAACACAGCAAGAAUAUUAAACGUAUUAUUCCAUGCCAAAAAAUACUCCCUUCCCCUGGCUUUUUUGAGCACUGAUGCAGAGAAGGCUUUUGAUAGGGUUAACUGGGAAUUUAUGCGAAUUACUCUAGAGAAAUUCGGCAUUCCUAACCCCUUUGUUAGAGCCAUCUUUUCGAUGUACACUAAUGCCUCAGCAGCCAUUAUAGUAAAUAAUACGUUAUCUUCCACAUUCACUAUCAAGAAUGGCACUAGACAGGGCUGUCCCCUCUCCCCACUAAUCUUUGUCCUAAUCAUGGAACCACUUCUCCAGGCCAUUAGACAGAACGAGAGUGUAAUGGAUCUCCUAGCACCCCGACCGGACACCCAAGUGACCUUCAUUGGAACUCCAACUCCAGUUAUGAGAAGCGCAGUUUCUGCUCACAAUGGACAAGUUUGUAGCUCAUGGGGCAAUUACUACUUUAAGACCUUUGAUGGCGAUAUAUUCUAUUUCCCUGGAACAUGCAACUAUCUGUAUGCAUCAAAUUGCAAAAGCAACUUUGAGGACUUCAACAUCCAGAUAAGGCGGUCCAUCAUGAAUAACCUGCCAACUAUCAGCAACAUCGCUAUAAAGAUUGAUGGAGUUUACAUAGAAUUACAGAAUGGCACGGCAGCAGUUAAUGGACAACCGGUGGAUAUUCCCUACAGCUAUUCUGGCGUCCAGGUUGGCAGGCGUGGCACGUACAUUACAGUGUCUGCACGUUUAGGCUUCCAGUUUAUGUGGAAUGAAGAUGAUGCAAUCUUGUUGGAACUGGAUCCAAAAUUUGCCAACCAGACAUGUGGUCUUUGUGGAGAUUUCAAUGGAAUUCCAAUUUACAAUGAAUUCAUCACCAAUAAUGUUCAACUUUUUCCAAAUCAGUACGGAAAUUUGCAGAAGCUGAAUGGACCAAAGGAAACUUGCAAUGACCAGCAACCACAGCCUCCCAGACACUGUUCAGAGAGAAUAUGCGAGGUGGUCUUGACAGGCACACCUUUUUCACAAUGUAACUCGUUAGUGGAUCCAGCUCAGUAUAUCAAUGCCUGUGUCCAAGAUCUGUGUAGAUGUGGAGAAGAUGCCAUAGGUUUUUGCUUAUGUAACACCUUUACUGAGUAUUCCCGCCAAUGUGCCCAUGCUGGUGGAGUGCCAGAAAACUGGAGAACUGCUCAACUCUGUCCUUUGUCAUGUAAUUACAACAUGAAGUACAGUGAAUGUAGCAAUGCUUGCCCUAAUACUUGCACCAAUCCUGAACGGUCAUUAGUUUGUGACAGUCACUGUAUAGAUGGAUGCUUCUGCCCAGAAGGAACUGUCUUUGAUGACAUCAACAACUAUGGAUGCAUCCCUAUACAGCAGUGUUCCUGUAUGUACAAUGGACAGGUUUACACCCCCGGCACCGGAUACUCAGCCCAGUGUCGCAGUUGCACUUGUUCAGCUGGCAGAUGGAGCUGCUCAGAAAAGGCUUGUCCAGGAUCCUGCUCAAUUGAAGGAGGAUCUCAUAUCACCUCCUUUGAUUUUACACAAUACACAUUCCAUGGAGACUGCAGCUAUGUUCUAUCAAAGACAUGUUUUAACACCACGUUCAGCGUGUUGGGAGACAUUCGUACAUGUGGUCUGACAAACACAGAGACCUGCCUGAAGAGUGUGACCCUCGUGUUAAAUAAUGGGAAAGAUUUGAUAUAUUUGAAGCCCUGUGGCAGUGUAUAUGUGAAUUCACUCUACACCCAGUUGCCAGUCUCCUCAGCCAGUGUUACGAUCUUCAAGCCUUCGACAUUCUUCAUCAUUGUGCAGACCACAAUUGGGCUACAGCUACAGAUCCAGCUUGUGCCAACUAUGCAGCUCUACAUCAGUUUGGAUCCGUCUUAUACCAAUGAAGUUUGUGGUCUUUGUGGAAACUUUAACAACAUACAAGCUGAUGACUUCAGAGUUCUUAGUGGUGUAAUUGAAGGAACUGGGUCUUCUUUUGCCAACACUUGGAUGACUCAAGCCGACUGUCCCAUUGUUUCAAACAGCUUUGAGGAUCCAUGUGCUCUCAGCAUUGAGAACGAACAAUACGCUAAGCACUGGUGCUCAAUGCUGACCGAUACUGCAGGACCCUUUGCAGAAUGUCAGUCUAUAGUUAAUCCAGAUGUUUACAUGCAGAACUGUAUGUUCGAUACAUGUAACUGUGCCAAGAGUGAGGAGUGCAUGUGUGCCGCCCUGUCCUCCUACGUGCACGCCUGCGCUUUGAAGGGAGUUAUUCUAAAGGGAUGGCGUGAAAAUGUCUGCAGUUCAUAUACAUCCUCCUGUCCUGCCUCCUUGACCUACAGUUAUUCAAUUAGCACCUGCCAGCACACUUGCCGCUCUCGCAGUAGCCAUGACAUUACUUGUGACAUCUCCUUUGUCCCGGUUGACGGCUGCAUUUGUCAGAAUGGAACCUACCUGGAUGACAGUGGCAAGUGUGUGCUCCCAUCAGCUUGUUCUUGCUACUACAAGGGUACAGCGGUGCCUCCUGGAGAAGUAGUACAUGAUAAUGGUGCUCUAUGCACCUGCACUUCUGGAAAACUAGACUGCAUUGGAAAAGUUGAACAUACAGUCUGUGCGGAUCCGAAGAUUUACUUUGAUUGCACAAACAAGACAGCAGGCACUAAGGGGGCUGAAUGUCAGAAGAGUUGCCAGACUUUAGACAUGCAGUGUUAUAGCACACAGUGUAUUUCUGGUUGCGUUUGCCCCGAUGGCCUUAUAUCUGAUGGUAAUGGAGGAUGCAUAACAGAGGAGCAAUGUCCAUGUCUGCACAACAAUGAAGUCUAUACUCCAGGCUCAACUAUCAAAAUGCUCUGCAACGCCUGUACUUGUGUGAACAGAAACUGGCAAUGCACUAGUGAGCAAUGUAUGGGAACCUGCACUGUAUAUGGAGAUGGUAACUACAUUACAUUUGACACCAAGAGAUACGCCUUCAGUGGAGACUGUGAAUACACAUUGGCCCAGGACUACUGUAGUGGUGACUCCAGCAACGGAACAUUCCGUGUUAUCACAGAGAAUAUUCCAUGUGGAUCCACAGGUACUACCUGCUCUAAAUCCAUCAAGGUCUUCCUUGGCAAUUAUCAACUAAUCCUUAAUAAUGAGAAAUUUGAGGUUGUAAAGCUUGACGUUGGAGCGUAUGUACCAUACAAAGUGCGACAGAUGGGUAUCUACAUGGUCAUUGAAGCCCUCAAUGGAUUGGUUUUAAUAUGGGAUUCAAAGACUACCAUUUUUAUCAAGCUGGAACCAAGUUUUCAGGGUAGCGUGUGCGGGUUGUGUGGUAACUAUGAUGGAAAUACGAUAAAUGAUUUCACCACUAGAAGUCUGUCAGUGGUAGGAAAUGUGGUUGACUUUGGAAACAGCUGGAAGCUAUCUCCAAGCUGCCCGGAUGCAAUGACCCCCAAGGAUCCAUGUUCCCUAAAUCCCUACAGGAAAUCCUGGGCACAGAGACAAUGUAGUAUCAUCACUAGCUCUGUAUUUAGUGACUGCCAUGCUCUGGUGGAUCCACUAAAGUAUUAUGAUGCUUGCGUCAGCGAUGCUUGUGCCUGUGACACUGGCGGAGAUUGUGAGUGUUUCUGUACUGCUGUAGCAUCAUAUGCCCAAGCUUGUAGUGAAGCUGGAACUUGCAUCAGCUGGAGAACCCCAACAAUGUGCCCGCUGUUCUGUGACUUCUACAACCAAGAAGGACACUGCGAGUGGCAUUACAAAGCCUGUGGUGCUCAGUGUAUGAAAACUUGCAGGAAUCCCAGUGGAACCUGUUACCACAAUCUUCCUGGCUUAGAAGGAUGCUACCCUAACUGUCCUGAGGAUAAACCUUACUAUGAUGAAGAAACUAGGCAGUGUGUGCCAGCAUGUGACUGUUAUGAUGAAUUUGACAACACAUAUCCUAUAGGAUAUACAAUGCCAUCUUACAGCAAUGAAACUUGCUCCGUCUGCAAAUGUACAAAAGAUGGCAAACAAUGCUACAACCUCAAUGAUUGCUGCAUGUAUGCAGGGAAGAUGUAUAAGAAUAACGACACAAUCUACAACACCACUGAUGGCAUUGGAGGUUGUAUCACAGCCAUAUGCUACAAUGGAGAAGUCUUGAGAAUAACUGAGUCCUGCACAACAACUACCCCACCCACUACAACGUUCCAAUUCUCUACUACAUCACCCGUCACAACAACAGUCAGUUCUACUACUCCAACAGUCACCACUCCAAGUACAACCACAGUGACAACAGUGUGUGCAAAAUGCACUUGGUCACGGUGGUAUGACGUAAGUUAUCCAAUUUUUCAACCUGGCAGAACUGACGCUGGAGACUUUGAAACCUUUGAUAACAUCCAAAAAGCCGGAUAUAGCAUUUGUGAAUCACCGCGCAAUAUCAGAUGUCGAGCGAAGGAGUUUCCAGAGAGUAAACUACAAGAUUUAAAUCAAAAUGUAAUAUGCAGCAAGGAUAUUGGUUUAAUUUGCUAUAACUCUUAUAACCUACCCAUCUGCUACAACUAUGAGAUAAGUAUAGAGUGCUGUGACUCUGAAACAACGUGUGGCCCAACCACAAACAGCCAUCCAACCACAACUACUGAAAUAUCUACAACCACGCCAACAGCUCCUCCCUGCACAAAAAUGGAUUGCCGAUACACUGAAUGGUAUGAUUUGCAUGCACCUACAUCAAAUAUUAAUGAUGGUGAUAAGGAGAGCUUAGAGGAAAUCAAGUCAAAAGGUUACCAGGUUUGCACCUCUAAUGAAAUUGAAACAAACAUUCAAUGUGAAGCCACAGUAUAUGGAGUACCAAAUGGUAAUAAAACAAAUCAGAAAUAUCAGUGCGACCUUACAAACGGUCUAGUAUGCAGGAAUAAUGAGCAAACGGACUCACAAAUCUGCUACAAUUACAGAGUACAAUUUGAGUGCUGUUCCAAGUUUUGUGAAAAGACAACUCCAUUCACAACCACCUCAACAAUAACAACCAGCGAAACACCUCCUACAACCCCUCCAUCAUCUACACCUAUAACUGUAACUGAAACUACAACACCAACGAGCACUGUGCCAACUACUCCACAGACAUCCACUACAGAGACAACUCCAACAUGUGCCUACACAAUGGCCUGUCGUUAUACCAACUGGUUUGAUUUACAUGCUCCAACGUCUGACAUCAACGACGGAGACAAUGAAACUGUUGAAAAUAUUAAAUCAAAAGGAUAUUCAGUUUGUACAGAAGAAGAGAUUGAAAAUAACAUACAGUGUGAAGCCCUUGUAUAUGGAGCACAAGGAAGUGCUAUCAAUAACCAAGUUUACCAAUGCAGCCUGAAGAGUGGAUUGAUAUGCAACAACAGGGAUCAGAAAAACACAUUUCCAAUGUGUUUUAAUUAUCGAAUAAGAAUAGAAUGUUGUUCCAAGAUCUGCAAAAGUGAAACAACACCUGUGGUAACAUCUACAGAAACUACAACUCCUACUACAAUAGUCACAACAGUUAUCCCAACAACAUCGCUAACUCCAUCAACGACGACUGUAACAGAAACAAAAACUCCAUAUACAGUCUCAACUACUUCUCCAACUACAUCAUCUACUAGAACUAUUUCAACUACUGAAAUAUCUACAACCACGCCAACAGCUCCUCCCUGCACAAAAAUGGAUUGCCGAUACACUGAAUGGUAUGAUUUGCAUGCACCUACAGCAAAUAUUAAUGAUGGUGAUAAGGAGAGCUUAGAGGAAAUCCAGUCUAAAGGUUACCAGGUUUGCACCUCUAAUGAAAUUGAAACAAACAUUCAAUGUGAAGCCAUAGUAUAUGGAGUACCAAAUGGUAAUAAAUCAAAUCAGACAUAUCAGUGCGACCUUAAAAACGGUCUAGUAUGCAGGAAUUAUGAGCAAACAGACUCACAAAUCUGCUACAAUUACAGAGUACAAUUUGAGUGCUGUUCCAAGUUUUGUGAAAAGACAACUCCAUUCACAACCACCUCAACAAUAAUAACAACCAGUGAAACACCUACUACAACCCCUCCAACAUCUACAUCUAUAACUGAAACUAACAUUACAAAGCCAACAAGCACUGUGUCAACUACACCAUCAACGACUGUAACAGAAACAAAAACUCCAUAUACAUUCUCAACUACUUCUCCAACUACAUCUUCUACUAGAACCAUAUCUACUACCACACCAUCUUCAACAGUUACUGUAACGGAAAUUACAACUCCCACUAGUACCGACUCAACAACUUCAGUGUCUACAACCAGUCCUAUAACAGAAACAAAAACUCCAUAUACAGUCUCAACUACUUCUCCAACUACAUCUUCUACUAGCACUAUUUCAACUACUACACCAACAUCUUCUACAGUCACUGUGACAGAAUCUACAACUCCCACGAGAACUGUCUCAACAACUUCAGUGUCUACAACCAGUCCUGUAACAGAAACAAAAACUCCAUAUACAUUCUCAACUACUUCUCCAACUACAUCUUCUACUAGCACUAUUUCAACUACUACACCAACAUCUUCUACAGUCACUGUAACAGAAACUACAACUCCCACUAGUACUGUUUCAACCACUUCAGUGUCUACAACCAGUCCUGUAACAGAAACAAAAACUCCAUAUACAGUCUCAACUACUUCUCCAACUACAUCUUCUACUAGCACUAUUUCAACUACUACACCAACGUCUUCUGCAGUCACUGUGACAGAAUCUACUACUCCCACUAGCACUGUUUCAACCACUUUAGUGUCUACAACCAGUCCUGUAACAGAAACCAAAACUCCAUAUACAGUCUCAACUACUUCUCCAACUUCAUCUUCUACUAGCACAAUAUCUACCACUACACCAACAUCUUCAACAGUUACUGUAACAGAAACUACAAUUCCCACUAGCACUGUCUCAACGACUUCAGUGUCUACAACCAGUCCUGUAACAGAAACAAAAACUCCAUAUACAGUCUCAACUACUUCUCCAACUACAUCUUCUACUAGCACUAUUUCAACUACUACACCAACGUCUUCUGCAGUCACUGUGACAGAAUCUACUACUCCCACUAGCACUGUUUCAACCACUUUAGUGUCUACAACCAGUCCUGUAACAGAAACCAAAACUCCAUAUACAGUCUCAACUACUUCUCCAACUUCAUCUUCUACUAGCACAAUAUCUACCACUACACCAACAUCUUCAACAGUUACUGUAACAGAAACUACAACUCCCACUAGCACUGUCUCAACGACUUCAGUGUCUACAACCAGUCCUGUAACAGAAACAAAAACUCCAUAUACAGUCUCAACUACUUCUCCAACUACAUCUUCUACUAGCACCAUAUCUACCACUACACCAACAUCUUCUACAGUCACUGUGACAGAAUCUACAACUCCCACUAGCACUGUCUUAACAACUUCAGUGUCUACAACCAGUCCAGUAACAGAAACAAAAACUCCAUAUACAAUCUCAACUACUUCUCCAACUACAUAUUCUACCAGCACUAUUUCAACUACUACACCAACAUCUUCUACAGUCACUGUAACAGAAAAUACAACUCCCACUAGCACUGUUUCAACCACUUCAGUGUCUACAACCAGUCCUGUAACAGAAACAAAAACUCCAUAUACAGUCUCAACUACUUCUCCAACUACAUCUUCUACUAGCACCAUAUCUACCACUACACCAACAUCUUCAACAGUUACUGUAACAGAAUCUACAACUCCCACUAGCACUGUUUCAACGACUUCAGUGUCUACAACCAGUCCUGUAACAGAAACAAAAACUCCAUAUACAUUCUCAACUACUUCUCCAACUACAUCUUCUACUAGCACUAUUUCAACUACUACACCAACAUCUUCUACAGUCACUGUGACAGAAUCUACAACUCCUACUAGCACUGUCUCAAAAACUUUAGUGUCUACGACCAGUCCUGUAACAGAAACAAAAACUCCAUAUACAGUCUCAACUACUUCUCCAACUACAUAUUCUACUAGCACUAUUUCAACUACUACACCAACAUCUUCUACAGUUACUGUAACAGAAACUACAACUCCCACUAGCACUGUUUCAACCACUUCAGUAUCUACAACCAGUCCUGUAACAGAAACCAAAACUCCAUAUACAGUCUCAACUACUUCUCCAACUACAAAUUCUACUAGCACUAUUUCAACUACUACACCAACAUCUUCUACAGUCACUGUAACAGAAACUACAACUCCCACUAGCACUGUUUCAACCACUUCAGUGUCUACAACCAGUCCUGUAACAGAAACAAAAACUCCAUAUACAGUCUCAACUACUUCUCCAACUUCAUCUUCUACUAGCAGCAUAUCUACCACUACACCAACAUCUUCAACAGUUACUGUAACAGAAACUAAAACUCCCACUAGCACUGUCUCAACAACUUUAGUGUCUACGACCAGUCCUGUAACAGAAACAAAAACUCCAUAUACAGUCUCAACUACUUCUCCAACUACAUCUACUACUAGCACUAUUUCAACUACUACACCAACGUCUUCUACAGUCACUGUGACAAAAUCUACAACUCCCAGUAGCACUGUCUCAACAUCUUUAGUGUCUACGACAAGUCCUGUAACAGAAACAAAAACUCCAUAUACAGUCUCAACUACGUCACCAACUACAUCUUCUACUAGCACCACAUCUAAAACUACACCAACAUCUUCAACAGUUACUGUAACAGAAACUACAACUACCACUAGCACUGUCUCAACCACUUUAGUGUCUACAACCAGUCCUGUAACAGAAACAAAAACUCCAUAUACAGUCUCAACUACUUCUCCAACUACAUCUUCUACUAGCACUAUUUCAACUACUACACCAACAUCUUCAACAGUCACUGUGACAGAGUCUACAACUCCCACUAACACUGUCUCAACAACUUUAGUGUCUACGACUAGUCCUGUAACAGAAACAAAAACUCCAUAUACAGUCUCAACUACUUCUCCAACUACAUCUUCUACUAGCACCAUAUCUACCACUACACCAACAUCUUCAAAUGUUACUGUAACAGAAACUACAACUCCCACUAGCACUGUCUCAACCACUUCAGUGUCUACAACCAGUCCUGUAACAGAAACAAAAACUCCAUAUACAGUCUCAACUACUUCUCCAACUACAUCUUCUACUAGCACUAUUUCAACUACUACACCAACAUCUUCUACAGUCACUGUGACAGAAUCUACAACUCCCACUAGCACUGUCUCAACAACUUUAGUGUCUACGACCAGUCCUGUAACAGAAACAAAAACUCCAUAUACAGUCUCAACUACUUCUCCAACUACAUCUUCUACUAGCACCAUAUCUACCACUACACCAACAUCUUCAACUGUUACUGUAACAGAAACUACAAAUCCCACUAGCACUGUCUCAACCACUUCAGUGUCUACAACCAGUCCUGUAACAGAAACAAAAACUCCAUAUACAGUCUCAACUACUUCUCCAACUACAUCUUCUACUAGCACUAUUUCAACUACUACACCAACAUCUUCUACAGUCACUGUGACAGAAUCUACAACUCCGACUACUACUGUCUCAACCACUUCAGGGUCUACAACCAGUCCUGUAACAGAAACCAAAACUCCAUAUACAGUCUCAACUACUUCUCCAACUUCAUCUUCUACUAGCAGCAUAUCUACCACUACACCAACAUCUUCAACAGUUACUGUAACAGAAACUAAAACUCCCACUAGCACUGUCUCAACCACUUCAGUGUCUACAACCAGUCCUGUAACAGAAACAAAAACUCCAUAUACAGUCUCAACUACUUCUCCAACUACAUCUUCUACUAGCACUAUUUCAACUACUACACCAACGUCUUCUACAGUCACUGUGACAGAGUCUACAACUCCCACUAGCACUGUCUCAACAACUUUAGUGUCUACGACCAGUACUGUAACAGAAACAAAAACUCCAUAUACAGUCUCAACUACUUCUCCAACUACAUAUACUACUAGCACUAUUUCAACUACUACACCAACGUCUACUACAGUCACUGUGACAAAAUCUACAACUCCCAGUAGCACUGUCUCAACAUCUUUAGUGUCUACGACCAGUCCUGUAACAGAAACAAAAACUCCAUAUACAGUCUCGACUACGUUACCAACUACAUCUUCUACUAGCACCACAUCUACCACUACACCAACAUCUUCAACAGUUACUGUAACAGAAACUACCACUCCCACUAACACAGUCUCAACCACUUCAGUGUCUACAACCAGUCCUGUAACAGAAACCAAAACUCCAUAUACAGUCUCAACUACUUCUCCAACUACAUCUUCUACUAGCACUAUUUCAACUACUACACCAACGUCUUCAACAGUCACUGUAACAGAAACUACAACUCCCACUAGCACUGUCUCAACCACUUCAGUGUCUACAACCAGUCCUGUAACAGAAACAAAAACUCCAUAUACAGUCUCAACUACUUCUCCAACUACAUCUUCUACUAGCACUAUUUCAACUACUACACCAACGUCUUCUACAGUCACUGUAACAGAAACUACAAUUCCCACUAGCACUGUCUCAACAACUUUAGUGUCUACGACCAGUCCUGUAACAGAAACAAAAACUCCAUAUACAGUCUCAACUACUUCUCCAACUACAUAUUCUACUAGCACUAUUUCAACUACUACACCAACGUCUACUACAGUCACUGUGACAAAAUCUACAACUCCUAGUAGCACUGUCUCAACAUCUUUAGUGUCUACGACCAGUCCUGUAACAGAAACAAAAACUCCAUAUACAGUCUCAACUACUUCUCCAACUACAUCUUCUACUAGCACUAUUUCAACUACUACACCUACAUCUUCAACAGUUACUGUGACAGAAUCUACAACUCCUACUACCACUGUCUCAACCACUUCAGGGUCUACAACCAGUCCUGUAACAGAAACCAAAACUCCAUAUACAGUCUCAACUACUUCUCCAACUUCAUCUUCUACUAGCACCAUAUCUACCACUACACCAACAUCUUCAACAGUUACUGUAACAGAAACUAAAACUCCAACUAGCACUGUUUCAACCACUUCAGUGUCUACAACCAGUCCUGUAACAGAAACAAAAACUCCAUAUACAGUCUUAACUACUUCUCCAACUACAUCUUCUACAAGCACUAUUUUAACUACUACACCAACAUCUUCUACAAACACUGUAACAAAAACUACAACUCCCACUAGCACUGUUUCAACCACUUCAGUGUCUACAACUAGUCCUGUAACAGAAACAAAAACUCCAUAUACAGUCUCAACUACUUCUCCAACUACAUCUUCUACUAGCCCUAUUUCAACUACUACACCAACAUCUUCUACAGUCACUGUGACAGAAUCUACAACUCCCAGUAGCACUGUCUCAACAUCUUUAGUGUCUACGACCAGUCCUGUAACAGAAACCAAAACUCCAUAUACAGUCUCAACUACGUCACCAAAUACAUCUUCUACUAGCACCACAUCUACCACUACACCAACAUCUUCAACAGUUACUGUAACAGAAACUACAACUCCCACUAGCACUGUCUCAACCACUUCAGUGUCUACAACCAGUCCUGUAACAGAAACAAAAACUCCAUAUACAGUCUCAACUACUUCUCCAACUACAUAUUCUACUAGCACUAUUUCAACUACUACACCAACGUCUACUACAGUCACUGUGACAAAAUCUACAACUCCUAGUAGCACUGUCUCAACAUCUUUAGUGUCUACGACCAGUCCUGUAACAGAAACAAAAACUCCAUAUACAGUUUCAACUACUUCUCCAACUACAUCUUCUACUAGCACUAUUUCAACUACUACACCUACAUCUUCAACAGUUACUGUGACAGAAUCUACAACUCCUACUACCACUGUCUCAACCACUUCAGGGUCUACAACCAGUCAUGUAACAGAAACCAAAACUCCAUAUACAGUCUCAACUACUUCUCCAACUUCAUCUUCUACUAGCACCAUAUCUACCACUACACCAACAUCUUCAACAGUUACUGUAACAGAAACUAAAACUCCAACUAGCACUGUUUCAACCACUUCAGUGUCUACAACCAGUCCUGUAACAGAAACAAAAACUCCAUAUACAGUCUUAACUACUUCUCCAACUACAUCUUCUACAAGCACUAUUUUAACUACUACACCAACAUCUUCUACAAACACUGUAACAAAAACUACAACUCCCACUAGCACUGUUUCAACCACUUCAGUGUCUACAACCAGUCCUGUAACAGAAACAAAAACUCCAUAUACAGUCUCAACUACUUCUCCAACUACAUCUUCUACUAGCCCUAUUUCAACUACUACACCAACAUCUUCUACAGUCACUGUGACAGAAUCUACAACUCCCAGUAGCACUGUCUCAACAUCUUUAGUGUCUACGACCAGUCCUGUAACAGAAACCAAAACUCCAUAUACAGUCUCAACUACAUCUCCAACUACAUCUUCUACUAGCCCUAUUUCAACUACUACACCAACAUCUUCUACAGUCACUGUGACAGAAUCUACAACUCCGACUACCACUGUCUCAACCACUUCAGUGUCUACAACCAGUCCUGUAACAGAAACAAAAACUCCAUAUACAGUCUCAACUACUUCUCCAACUUCAUCUUAUACUAGCAGCAUAUCUACCACUACACCAACAUCUUCAACAGUUACUGUAACAGAAACAAAAACUCCCACUAGCACUGUUUCUACCACUUCAGUGUCUACAACAAGUCCUGUAACAGAAACAAAAACUCCAUAUACAGUCUCAACUACUUCUCCAACUACAUUUUCUACUAGCACUAUUUCAACUACUACACCAACGUCUUCUACAGUCACUGUGACAGAGUAUACAACUCCCACUAGCACUGUCUCAACCACUUCAGUGUCUACAACCAGUCCUGUAACAGAAACAAAAACUCCAUAUACAGUCUCAACUACUUCUCCAACUACAUCUUAUACUAGCACUAUUUCAACUACUACACCAACGUCUUCUACAGUCACUGUGACAAAAUCUACAACUCCUAGUAGCACUGUCUCAACAUCUUUAGUGUCUACGACCAGUCCUGUAACGGAAACAAAAACUCCAUAUACAGUCUCAACUACGUCACCAACUACAUCUUCUACUAGCACCACAUCUAUCACUACACCAACAUCUUCAACAGUUACUGUAACAGAAACUACAACUCCCAGUAGCACUGUCUCAACCACUUCAGUGUCUACAACCAGUCCUGUAACAGAAACCAAAACUCCAUAUACAGUCUUAACUACUUCUCCAACUACUACUUCUACUAGCACUAUUUCAACUACUACACCAACGUCUUCUACAGUCACUGUGACAGAGUAUACAACUCCCAGUAGCACUGUCUCAACCACUUCAGUGUCUACAACCAGUCCUGUAACAGAAACAAAAACUCCAUAUACAGUCUUAACUACUUCUCCAACUACUACUUCUACUAGCACCAUAUCUACCACUACACGAACAUCUUCAAAAGUUACUGUAACAGAAACUACAACUCCCACUAGCACUGUCUCAACCACUUUAGUGUCUACGACCAGUCCUGUAACAGAAACAAAAACUCCAUAUACAGUCUCAACUAUUUCUCCAACUACAUCUUCUACUAGCACUAUUUCAACUACUACACCAACAUCUUCUACAGUCACUGUGACAGAAUCUACAACUCCGACUACCACUGUCUCAACCACUUCAGGGUCUACAACCAGUCCUGUAACAGAAACCAAAACUCCAUAUACAGUCUCAACUACUUCUCCAACUUCAUCUUCUACUAGCACCAUAUCUACCACUACACCAACAUCUUCAACAGUUACUGUAACAGAAACUAAAACUCCCACUAGCACUGUUUCAACCACUUCAGUGUCUACAACCAGUCCUGUAACAGAAACAAAAACUCCAUAUACAGUCUCAACUACGUCUCCAACUACAUCUUCUACUAGCACUAUUUCAACUACUACACCAACGUCCUCUACAGUCACUGUGACAGAGUCUACAAUUCCCACUAGCACUGUCUCAACAACUUUAGUGUCUAUGACCAGUCCUGUAACAGAAACAAAAACUCCAUAUACAGUCUCAACUACUUCUCCAACUAAAUUUUCUACUAGCACUUUUUCAACUACUACACCAACAUCUUCUACAGUCACUGUAACAGAAACUACAACUCCCACUAGCACUGUUUCAACCACUUCAGUGUCUACAACAAGUCCUGCAACAGAAACAAAAACUCCAUAUACAGUCUCAACUACUUCUCCAACUACAUCUUAUACUAGCACUAUUUCAACUACUACACCAAGUUCUUCUACAGUCACUGUGACAAAAUCUACAACUCCCAGUAGCACUGUCUCAACAUCUUUAGUGUCUACGACCAGUCCUGUAACAGAAACAAAAACUCCAUAUACAGUCUCAACUACGUCACCAACUACAUCUUCUACUAGCACCACAUCUACCACUACACCAACAUCUUCAACAGUUACUGUAACAGAAUCUACAACUCCCACUAGCAGUGUCUCAACCACUUCAGUGUCUACAACCAGUCCUGUAACAGAAACCAAAACUCCAUAUACAGUCUCAACUACUUCUCCAACUACAUCUUCUACUAGCACCAUAUCUACCACUACACCAAUAUCUUCAACAGUUACUGUAACAGAAUCUACAACUCCCACUAGCACUGUCUCUACCACUUUUGAGUCUACAACCAGUCCUGUAACAGAAACAAAAACUCCAUAUACAGUCUCAACUACUUCUCCAACUACAUCUUCUACUAGCACUAUUUCAACUACUACACCAACGUCUUCUACAGUCACUGUGACAGAAUCUACAACUCCCACUAGCACUAUCUCAACAACUUCAGUGUCUACAACCAGUCCUAUAACAGAAACCAAAACUCCAUAUACAUUCUCAACUACUUCUCCAACUACAUCUUCUACUAGCACUAUUUCAACUGCUACACCAACAUCUUCUACAGUCACUGUGACAGAAUCUACAACUCCCACUAGCACUGUCUCAACAACUUUAGUGUCUACGACCAGUCCUGUAACAGAAACAAAAACUCCAUAUACAGUCUCAACUACUUCUCCAACUACAUCUUCUACUAGCACUAAUUCAACACCUACACCGUCUUCUACAGUCACUUUGACAGAAUCUACAACUCCCACUAGCACUGUCUCAACAACUUCAGUGUCUACAACCAGUCCUGUAACAGAAACCAAAACUCCAUAUACAGUCUCAACUACUUCUCCAACUACAUCAUCUGCUAGCACCAUAUCUACCACUACACCAACAUCUUCAACAGUUACUGUAACAGAAACUACAACUCCCACUAGCACUGUAACAGAAACAAAAACUCCAUAUACAGUCUCAACUACUUCUCCAACAACAUCUACUACUAUCAGUAUUUCCUCUACUACACCAACAUCUUCAAUAGGUACUGUAUCAGAAACUACAUCUCCUACUAGCACUGUCUCAACUUCAUUUUCUCCGUCAACCACCACUGUAACAACUCCCACUAGCACUGUUUCAAGCACAUUAUCUACUUCAGUACCCACUCCUAGCACAUAUUCUACUACUAUCACUUCCACAUAUAUUGUUACUGUUACAUCAACAUCUGGAACUACAAUAACUCCAACUCCUACUAAAACAGUGUUAACUUCUUCUACAUCGCCAACUACAAGCACCACAACGCUAUCUACAAGCGUGUCUCCAACUACAGAAAUAUCUACACCUAUAUCUUCAAUCUCUACAGAAUAUUCAACAGCCAGCACUACAUCCUGUUUCUGCAAAGUGAACAAUCAGCUAUUUUCACCUGGUGAAUUCAUCUAUAGAACUGCAGACGCUGAGGGCUGUGAAUAUUAUGCAAUCUGCAAUGCUGAGUGUGCCACAGAGAGAUAUACUGGACCAUGUUCAACUACAACUGGUGGCCCUUCGACCACUAUUUCACCAACAACAAUAAGUACUGAAUCCACUCCAUUUACCAUGUCCGAAACAACUACAACACCAUCAUCUACAACAACUGGAAACUCUACAACCCCAGUGUCCAGUGGAACCACACCAACAAUAUCAUCAACAACUGAAACCACUCUUUCAACAAUCAUAUCUACUACAACCCCAUCAACAACUCUAAAUGUUUCCAGCACAACAUUACCUGAUUCUGUCUGUGUGGUAGGAAAUGAGGUAUACCAGCGUGGCUCAAUUAUUCCACAACCACAGGGUUCCUGCCAGAGAUGUACAUGUUCUUACAGCAUGGACAGCAAUUCUCAGUUUUAUGCUGUUGAUUGCCAGCCAAUCCAAUGUCAGACAACAUGCCAGAGUGGAUAUACAUAUAAAACAAGUGCUGGAGAAUGCUGUGGACAAUGUGUUCCACUACAGUGUACUAUGACCAUAAGCACGAGUAGUACGGGAUCAACAAGCGGCUCCACCGGCAGCUCAUCAAGUGGUUCAACAAGUGGUUCCUCAAGUGGUUCAACAAGCAAUUCAAAUGGUUCCAUCAAUGUAAACGCAACAAGCGGAUCAACAUCCAAUUCAGGGGAUUCAAUGAGUGGUUCAGCGUCUAAUGUAACUGGAUCAACAAGUGGAACAACGUCUGAAUCAAGUGGAUCAACUAGUGGUUCAACCAAUACCACCAGCAUUAAUAUACCAAUGGGAACUAUUUAUCACCUGCUAAACGACAAAUGUGUUUACUACGAAUGCAAUGAGGAAAAUGGCGUGCCUGUACUGACCAAAGUGCAGAAAGUCUGCCAGAUAUUGGAUUUAGCUACUUGUGAACCGGGUACUGUUAAAUUUGAUUCUGAUGGAUGCUGUCAGACAUGCACUCCUAAGCAAGUUAAAGUAGUGAACGUCACCACUGUGGAAGAAGACUGCAGUGCUCGAAAGAAUGAGACAAUCUUGAAGGAUGAAGACUGUGAACUGCUUGUGGAACUUACAUACUGCGGAGGGCCAUGCAUGGGAUCUUCUAUGUAUUCCAUGGGACUACAAGCAAUGAAUCAUCAAUGUUCUUGUUGCUCAGAGCUGGAAAUCCAGGAUAAGACUGUCCAACUGCUGUGUAAUGAUGGAACUUACAAGAGCUACACCUACACAGACGUGGUCAGCUGUGGUUGUGUUGGAGCAUUUUGCACACCAUCUGUGUAA